CAAAGCACCAGCAAAUGGUGAUGCAAGGCUGCAGAACGCUGCAGAUCCAGUCAGCUCAACAUCCAGUAAUGAGUCUGUUUGACUGCUCUGAGCCACUGCCAUUUAUCUGCAUGAGCAGCAGAGAACGUUACUUGAAGAUGAAACAAAUGAGUGAAUCCCAAAGCUCUCAACCCACUGCCUUCAUGAAUCAUCUGAUGAAGCUUUCCAAUAUCAGCCAGGCAGUACUAGGGCAGCAGUCAUUAUGGCUGAGCAGCCUGGCCGAAGCUUCCGCCCUGCUGGACAUGUCUGUCCAGGCUCUGCAGGACACAAGGCAGGAGGGACUGCAGCCAACAGACAUGGUUUCCCUCAUCCAGUUGCUGUCUCUGGCUGCUGAUGUUCCCCCACAGCUUUCUGAUUCCACCAACCACACCAAGGAGCGCGUCGAGGAGCUAAGCAAGCACUUCAUCAGUGUGGCCGACAGCGUCAUCAGCCAGGACAAUGCCUUCAAGUGGCAGGCCAUCAAAGAGGUGGUGAAUGGUCCCAUGGAUGUGGUGAAGAGUAUUGAUCGGAUGGUGACUAACUUGAUGGCAGAGAGAGAUCACCUGACAUUUCAUAGCCCCAACAUCAAAGUAGCAGUGCAGCAGCAAAUGCUUCAAGAAUCAUCAAAGGGGACAACUUUCUGUGGGCCUGAAACUGAGAAACAUUCCAACUCAGACUGUAUUUCAGUCCCACAUCAAAAGAUCCAGGAUCUCCUUAAAAAAGGAUUCUAUAAGCUGACCCUGGUCAACACGUGGUAUGGUUCUCUGCGGCCUCUUUUCAAUCCUGAAGGAAACAUCAGCAUGGUCCCUACUGUCACAGAUGGCAGCCAAAGGUAUCUGGGUACUAUCCUGGGGUCCACUGUCAUAUCCACCACAGUGCUGGGAGACAACCAGCCCGUCAGUACAGCGGUCCACUUUCAGCUCCGUCACAAAGUGCAGAAUCCUGCUGGGGCUGUAUAUGAUCCAGUGUGUGCCUUUUGGGAUUUUAAUCUGACUCCAGAGGCUGGCGGAUGGUGCAAUACCAAAGUGUGCGAGGUCAUUUCCAAACAAUAUGGCUACACUGUGUGCUACUGCAAUCACACCACCAAUUUUGCAUUGCUACUACAGGUCUACGAAGCCCAGCCAAGCCCAGAAAACAAAAAAGCUUUGCAGGUGCUGACGUUCAUUGGCUGUGGAGUGUCUCUGUGUGGCCUCGUCUUCACCUUCAUCCUCUUCAUUGCUGUGGGGGUUCCUAAAUCGGACCGCACAACUGUCCAUAAGAACCUGAUUGUUGCUCUCAGCAUGGCUGAGCUACUGUUAAUGUGCAGUGACUGGGCGUCUGCCAAUGGGGGUGCAUGUUUUGUGGUGAUGGCAUUGCUUCAUCUCUCCUUCAUGGCCUCUUUUUCCUGGAUGCUGGUGGAAGGUUUGCUAUUGUGGAGUAAAGUUGUGUCUGUCAACAUCAGUGAGGACCGCAGAAUGAAAUUGUACUACAUCAUUGGCUGGGGACUACCUGUUCUAAUAGUUGUUGUGACACUGUCAGCUACAAUGAAUGAGUACAAGGCCGAUGGACACUGCUGGCUCAAUCUAAAGACUGGCACAAUUUGGUCUUUUGUGGGACCUGUGAUAUUUGUUUUGGCGGUCAAUUCACUUGUGUUGUGUCGGGUUGUCAUGGUGACUGUUUCCAGCGCCCGUCGUCGUGCUAAGAUGCUCAGUCCAAGCGCAGCAUAAAAAAUGCAGACCUUUGACCUCACCUGGUAA